AUGGGUCAUUCAGUUGGAAACAUUUGGGACGAUAUCACGAGGCGGAACCACAUCAACUUCUUGGAACUCUUAGCCAUCUUCAACGCUCAGGGACAAGUUCCUGGCGCAGCUCUUCCUAACUCUGUGGCUACGCUAGGACCACAGAGUGGCCAGCUCUCGUGUCCUCCGGCGACCCAGCUGCCCCUCCAUCAGCCUGUGCCUCCAUUGGUGAGCGUGCCAUCCGUUCAGCACCAGACCCCUCCGCAGCCAGCAGUGCCUGCCCAGCCAGCCACACCAGUCCCUGCUUCAGGACAAGCCCCCACCCCCGUCGCAGGCUCCGUCCCAAAUGCCACUCAGAUGCAAAGCACACCUUCUGGGCAAGCAGCUGCCCAGACUCAAGUCACGCCGCAGCCUCAGACGCCAGUGCAGCCCCCCUCUGUGCCCACGCCACAGCCUCCUCAGCAGCAGCCAGCCUCCGCCCAGGCCCCUGGCACACCCCUGUCCCAAGCAGCUGCAAGCAUUGACAACCGGGUGCCGACACCGGGCUCUGCUGCCAGUGCUGAUGUCAACACCCAGCAGCUUGGGCAGGACACACAUGUGCAAGAGGUGAAGCCAGAGGUCAAGGCUGAAAAAACAGAGCUGGAAUGUGGUGAAGCCCUGAUGGAGCCCAAGCCGGAGUUGGAGGAGGCCUCACAGGGGCCCAUGCAAGCCAAAGAAGAAACCAGCGGCCUAGAGAUCAAGCCAGAGCCAAUGGAAAUAGAGGGAAAGAAGCCAGAGAUAAAGGAGGAGGAUGACAGCGGCAGUAGCGGUGCCCCUUCACAGUCCACGUCACCCUCUCAGCCAAGGAAAAAGAUCUUUAAACCUGAAGAGCUGCGUCAGGCUCUCAUGCCUACUCUGGAGGCGCUGUACCGGCAGGACCCCGAGUCUCUGCCUUUCAGGCAGCCUGUGGAUCCUCAGCUCCUGGGCAUCCCGGAUUAUUUCGACAUUGUGAAGAAUCCCAUGGAUCUUUCCACAAUUAAACGCAAAUUGGAUACAGGACAAUACCAGGAACCGUGGCAAUACGUGGAUGAUGUCUGGUUAAUGUUUAAUAACGCCUGGCUUUAUAAUCGCAAGACAUCAAGAGUCUAUAAAUUUUGCACUAAACUUGCUGAGGUCUUCGAACAAGAAAUUGACCCUGUUAUGCAGUCCCUCGGAUACUGUUGUGGGCGCAAGUAUGAAUUUUCUCCCCAAACCUUGUGCUGCUAUGGCAAACAGCUGUGUACCAUUCCCCGUGAUGCCGCCUACUACAGUUACCAGAAUAGGUACCACUUCUGCGAGAGAUGUUUCACUGAAAUCCAGGGGGAAAACAUUACCUUAGGGGAUGACCCUGCCCAGCCACAAACAACAAUCUCGAAAGAGCAGUUUGAGAAGAAGAAAAAUGACACACUAGAUCCAGAGCCGUUUGUGGAUUGCAAAGAAUGUGGCCGGAAGAUGCAUCAGAUCUGCGUCUUGCAUUAUGAUAUCAUUUGGCCUUCGGGCUUUGUUUGUGACAACUGCCUGAAGAAAACGGGGCGAACACGCAAAGAAAACAAAUUCAGCGCCAAGAGGUUACAGACCACUCGCUUGGGAAACCAUUUGGAAGAUAGGGUAAACAAAUUUUUGCGGCGGCAGAACCACCCAGAAGCGGGGGAAGUCUUUGUGAGAGUAGUAGCCAGUUCAGAUAAAACAGUGGAAGUGAAACCAGGAAUGAAAUCGAGGUUAGUUUUGCUGUCCUGUCCUUGCUAGUCCUAUGCAUUUAGCACACAGUUUUGGCAACUGACCUGUCUGUUUAUUUAAAACGUCCA